CCGCAAACUGUAGAACCUUCAAUUUACUAUAGAUAAACUAUAUUAUCAAAAACUAUAGUAUUCUACGCAAGGCAAAGAAAAAAGAAGAAGAUGCACUCUGCAAAGGAGAAAGUAAGCAACGCAACUGCCGCUGGCAAAGAGCAUGUCGAUAUCCUCAAAGCCAAAGCUGAAGAAAAGGUGGAGAAAGCAGCAGCAAGGACAAAGGAAGAGAAAACGAUAGCAGAAGAGAAAAGGAAAGCAAAAGAAGCAGAAGCUAAAAUGGAGCUGCACCAAGCCAAAGCUCGCCAUGCGGCGGAGAAGUUGCACGCAAAGCAAGCUCAUCUUGGAAUUGGAGGGCACCACCAUAUACCACCUACGGUUGGAGGUCAAGGACACCAUGAUCCAGUGGGUACUACCAUUCCAACUACUGGUACUGUUGCUCCUGCGUAUCCUCUUGGAGGUUAUCCUCCUCCUCACGGCCAUAUCUGAAGUAGUGGUUUUCUUAGUUAUUGAGAGUGUUUUUUUUAAUAUUAGUGAUGUCAUCAUAUAUAGGUGUAAAAUUUGCAGCUUCAGUUGUACUUGGUUAUUUAGAUUUUAUAAAAUGAGAUAGGCGUUUGAUUAUGCACAA